AACUAUCAUAUAAUGUUGUCAAAAAAAAAAAAAAAAAUAACUAUCAUAUAACUGUCCUUAUAUUACUGUCAUGACUGGUACUUUGUUUUUAUGUUAAGUGGUAUCAAAAUUAACAUACGGACUACGGAGUAUACUAGUAAAAUAUAGAAGGCAUAAAUAACACGGACACACACCAGUACUAUAUGUUCCGUGCUUCGUAAGUCGUAACUUAUGCAUCAAAAUUGUUUUUCUUAAAAAUAAGAGAAAGUAGUUUUUUUAGUUACAAGGCUAAAGAAAAAGAAAACAAAAAAGAAAAGUAUUUCCUAAAGAAAGUUCCGAUCAAUCCUCAAGGAAAUCUAACAGAAAGUAUGCGUGAAGCAAAUAUUACCGUAUUGAAGAAGUUCGUCCUUGACUUCUUGGAUAAAGUGGCGGAAAUUAGGGGUUGGGAGAAAGUAGUUUAGAUUGCUUUAAUAAUUUUUUGGUGUAAAAUAUUACCAAAUAGUACCUAUAAUAGAUUAAUAGUUUACCUAAUUUUUUCCUGGUAGUUUCUAAGAAAAUGUUAACAUGACCCUAAUUUCUAUAUUUAUUCUAAGUCUAGUCAACAAUGGCAACUUGAAAGUAAACAAAAAAUUGAAAAACAAUGGCAAGUGGAAGUCUUGAACAAGGAACCUGUUUCCAUUGCCCCACACACACACUUAUUUAUAUGUAAAUUGAAGUUUUGGUGAAAUGAAGCUUUCGCAUGUCUCAGCACUUAUUUAGUUGCAGUGAUAAUAUUAUUGAGGUGCGAUUUCAAGGUGCGACGAAUUUGGGGGACAUGUAUAUUCCCAGCACCGAUGAUAAGGUUAAGCAACAAAUUAUGGAUGCACUGAGAGUAAGAGAUCAAGGAGAAAAUAUAAUUGGAUUAUGUGGGUCAGUUAAAAGAGUCAAGCAUUUUGCAAAAACAGCUAUAAGAAGAGCCGAGAGAGAUCAAUUGUUCCAAGAGAUUAUCACAACAAAUGUGACAAAGAAGCCGGAUAUUACUAAGAUUCAGGCACAAAUUGGUAAGGCAAUAGGUCUGAAUUUUGAUGAUAAAGGUGUUGUAGUUAAAUCAACUUGGUGGAAAUUUGGUAAUAACAAAAGGAUAACAACUGCAGAAAGAGCUGCUCUUUUGUGUGCUAAGAUGAAAGAGUUGCAGACAGUCCUAGUUGUACUGAAUGAUGUUCAUGGUAGACUUGAUUUAGGUGAGAUUGGUAUCCCCUUUGGUGAAGAUCACAAUGGUUGCAAGAUAUUGGUGACAUCAACAAGUGUAGAGGUUUUAUCCAAAAAAAUGAAGGUUCAUAAAUUGAUUGAGAUAUCAGAGACAUGACGAGAUUCUCUUCCUAAUAGAGUGUUCGAAGCAAUGAUGAUGAAAAUUUGAAGUCCAAACAGGUUCGUCAUUUGGAAAAACACCACGUUUAAGAGAUUAGAGACUGAGAAGUGCUUUCUAGGUAUAUAGAUGAACUAAGACUUAGCUUUUUUUCUGUCAAAUGUCUGUGCUUGUAAUCAAAUAUAUGGGUCCAGUUCAGAACUUCAGAUAAUAAUAACUGUAAAUUUAAGAUUUUUAUUUUUCAGUCAAAAGCUUGUAAUCUAAGAUAUGAAUCUAGUACAGUUAAUUGUAUAUGUCAUGAUAUUAUUGUUAUAGUGAGUGGUGACAA